UCAGAUUUAUCGAUUAAUGAACAUUUAAAAAAAAUUACCGGAUUUCUUGAAAACAACAAUGGCACUCCAACGAUAAUGAGUGGAGAUUUUAACAGCCACCAUUCAUUUUGGCAUGGAAAUGAUACCAAAAAAGGCCAAAAACUACUGAACUGGAUACGUGAAUUAAAAUUAAAAGUUUAUAGUACUCCUGAACCAUCAUUCAGUAGAAAAAAUUUCCUGACAAGUUACAUUGAUUUAACUUUAGUCAAUGAACAAGCAUCCGAAUUGAUUGAUAAUUUUUGGCAAAUGAAAAACAGAUAUAGUGAUCAUUCGGCGCAAAUAUACACUAUGAAACUAACAAUUUCAUCAUCAGCAACAACAUCAUCUUUAGAUGAUGAACAAUUUCAAUGUGAACAUUGAAAACAAUGUUUCAGUCGAUCCGAUAAUCUAACCAGGCAUAAG